AUUUAAAGGGUAAAGGUCAUUAAAAGCUCCUCUGAUGACUGAAACUCUUCAAAAGGAUCAACGCGUUAGAGGACGGUCUGAGCCCAGCGCGUCAUCCGAGCGGAGCAGCUCCGAGGCGCCCAAACUCCAGGUGCGCCUGGCCCAGAGAACACAAAGCCUCGGAGGCGGGCCCGUGACGUCACAGAGCUCCGCCCCUUACGUCGCGCUCUGGCGAAGCCAGAGGAUUUCUGGCGGCGGCGGCGCCAUUUUGACGGAGCUUGCGACCGAGUGGGAGUGGAGUGGGGCGGCCGUUGUUGCCGGCUCUUUUCCUGCUCUCCCACGGUCCAGUCAGCGGGGUGACCAGGCCGUCGGCCCUCGAGCCGAAACUUGUCUCUUAUUUAGUUCUGGGGAGCCCCUGGUCGACAUGAGUGAUGUAGAGGAGAACAACUUCGAGGGCAGAGAGUCUCGCUCUCAGUCAAAAUCUCCAACUGGAACUCCUGCUCGUGUAAAAUCAGAGAGCAGGUCAGGAUCUCGUAGUCCAUCAAGGGUUUCCAAACAUUCUGAAUCCCAUUCUCGAUCAAGAUCCAAAUCCCGGUCAAGGUCAAGGAGGCAUUCUCAUAGACGUUACACUCGAUCCAGAUCCCACUCUCACUCUCAUAGAAGACGCUCUCGAAGUAGGACAUAUACACCAGAAUACCGGCGGCGAAGGAGCCGAAGCCAUUCGCCAAUGUCUAACCGGAGAAGACAUACAGGAAGCAGGGCCAAUCCAGAUCCCAAUACUUGUCUUGGAGUUUUUGGCCUCAGUUUGUAUACAACAGAGAGAGAUCUUCGUGAAGUAUUUUCUCGAUAUGGACCAUUGAGUGGUGUCAAUGUGGUUUACGAUCAGCGAACUGGGCGAUCUCGAGGAUUUGCUUUUGUGUAUUUUGAGAGAAUAGAUGACUCAAAAGAGGCUAUGGAAAGGGCAAAUGGAAUGGAGCUGGAUGGUAGAAGAAUUCGUGUGGAUUAUUCUAUCACCAAGAGAGCGCAUACACCUACACCAGGCAUCUACAUGGGCAGACCAACUCAUAGUGGUGGUGGCGGUGGCGGUGGCGGCGGUGGUGGUGGUGGUGGCGGCGGCGGCAGACGUCGAGAUUCUUACUAUGAUAGAGGAUAUGAUCGUGGGUAUGACAGAUACGAAGACUAUGAUUACCGGUACAGAAGAAGAUCACCUUCUCCUUAUUAUAGCCGAUACAGAUCACGAUCAAGAUCUCGUUCCUACAGCCCAAGACGCUAUUGAUAAUGGAAUGGUUGCAGUUAAGGACUUGUUUCCUCCUUUCCCCCCCCCCUUUCCUUUUCAAUUCUGACCUCUCACA